AUGGGGAAUAUGGUUCUCAAGUCACGAGCUCACUCCAAAGCAUUCGAUGACGAUGGUGAGGAAGCCAAUAUUCAUUCUCCGUCAAAUUCCACAAAGAAGUCACCAAAUCAUUCUCCAACACCUAAUAUCACUAACACCAAAACGACCCAACCAUUAAUUUCGGGAGGAACUACCACUUCUGGCUCUCCUCAUCAUACAAUUGCCAAUUCACAACAACCAUCCACAAAGUCGACGAUCAACUCUCCUACCAACACUCCAACCACCAACUCCAUCCUCAUUUCCAACAACAGUAACAACCAUUCUUCUAAACCUUCACACAAUGAUUCCCAAUCUGUAACUGUAGCAUCAUCAAUUUCCAAUCAAACCACAACAACAUCCACACACAUUCUCGCCAAUGAAACAUUUUCUGAUAUUGAAGCUUGGAAUGAAGUUCCCGAUGAAUACAAGGAAGGAAUUUACGUAUUGUAUGGUAAAAUCAAAAAACGAUAUCAACAAGCGAAUAAUGCACCCAAUGAUUUAUCCAUGAGAAAACAUGCCAUUCGAAUUGGAUCUCCACAUCAUUUCUAUCGAUAUUUUAAUGUGCAGUUAAAAGCAGUGAAAGAAAUGAUUUACAAUGAAUAUGUGGAAGAGUGUCGACGAGAACGAAAGAAACGACGAGACGAACAAUCGACUUGUCGACUGAGUAAUAGUAGUAAUGAUCAUGAACAUGACAACAACAAGGACAAGCACGACGAAAAUGAUGACGAUCAAGAUGAUGAUGAUGGUAGUAGUGCUGGUAGUACUGGUAGUGAUUAUGACCACAACCACAACAAACACAACAACCAUUCGGACAUGAUUCUCACUCAACAACAACAAUCAUUCAAUUCUGCUGAAGUAUGGACACAACCUACUCUUCACCACCCUUCAUUGAAGUCACAACAUGAAGAUGAUCAUCAUCAUCAUUCAGAGGAUCAAGAUUCUUCCGAUCAGAGUACUCUCAGUAUUCUUUCCAUGGAUUCCUAUUUUGCACAACAAAACGAAGGUCACAAAAUUAUUUUCAAAAAACCACUCAAAGUCAAAUUAAUCAUUUCUGAUUUAAAUCAACCAAAAUUGGCAAGCAAAAUGGCCAGUACUGUGAAUACUUUUGUAAAUGUAUUUAGUCAAUUUGGAUGGGUUCAUACUGCUUUUACAAUUUCUAACUUGAAAUUUGAUUGGGUAAAAUCAGAAUAUUGUGAAACAUCGGAUGUGAAAGGAACUUCUUGUUUAUUGGCAAUUACAGUUAAGGAAAUACAUGACAUGAGUGAAUUGGAAGAUUGUUUGAAAAUUCUCUCAGAAGAAGUCUCUCGUUGGAAUCGUGAAUAUUCCUAUGGAAGUAUUAGUAAUGAUAGAAAAUUACAAAAAAAGAUUGCCAAUUGUCAAGAUUUUACCAUAUUCAUGCUUCGAAAAAUUGGUGUUAAAGACUUCAAAUUUGAAAACACAUCCAUUGGUGAUUAUUUAGAAACCAUUUUCAAUAAGGGAUUAACAGAUGUCAUGUUUACUACAAAUAAGGAAUUCAGAGACAAGUAUAAUACUCUCUUUAAAGAACACUCAAACUUGAACCAUAGAAUGAUUGAAAAGAAACACACUUUCCAAACACACAAAGAUUUGGAUUUAUUUGUUCAAGAUUUAAUGGAUGUUGAUCCUUCAUUUGAAAAUUCCGAGGAAUAUCAGUUAUUGAAAGCCUUUGAUCGAGGUUUUUGGUUGAAAUAUAGAAGAUCAUGUGGUGUCAUGGAAGGUGAUUCCAACUAUGAUGAAUUAAUUAAGAAUGAGCCCUUGCAACUAGAGGAUGAACAUGGAAUGCUUGAAUUGAAAUGUCCAUUUGGAGAUCCUAAUGAAAGUUAUUCCUUGUUGGCACAACCAACGACUGCCAUGACUGGAAAUAGAAGGAGUUUCCGAACUUCAGGGAGAAUGCCGUUCUCAUUGAAUGCUCGGAAUGAUACAAACAACAUUUUUCGUCCUCCUACUUUAACGACAACCUCGCCCAACAACAACAACCAUAGAUUUAUUCCUCCGAAUAAUUCCAAUAGACUUUCCUCCACAAAUACUACUAGUGGUGUACAAGGAUUAUUUCAACAUUUUGCUCCAGGCACUUUUGCACCAUCAAUCUCUUUCAAUCAUGGUAUCACAAAUACAUCUAAAACCACUCCGCAAGUUUUCCGUCCUCCUCCCCAAUAUCAAGCACAAACGCAACAACAAAGAAUUCAUUCUAUCACUCCAAUUUCUUCUCCAAUUUUGAAUCAACACAUUCAACAACAGUCACCAACUUUAAUCACAAAUUCGAUUCCUAUUACAAAUAACAGUUUUGCAUAUCGGAGAACCGUUGAUGAUGACGGACAUAGUAGCGGAUUUUCUUCUCAUUCUUCUCUCUCAUGUAACAGUAACAUUCGUACCAAUAUUACAGGUCAUUCGAAAGAUAAUAUUAUCCCGAUGAAUAGUGAAACAAGUCUUUCUACGACUCCCUCAUCAACAACACCACCUGUAACUUCAUCUUCAACAUUCCUCACUGAUGGGCAAUCAAAGCUGGAUCCAUUAGCAUGCAGAUUGGAAUGCCCAAUAAUAUUCCUUCCCAUUGUUGGGCAAUAUGUAAACAAUAAGCUUUCAAUAUUUGAAGAUGUUAUAAAUGUUAUUGAAACUCCCAUGGAUAUCUACAAUGAAGACAUUGACGGUUUUGAAAGAGGUGAGAAAAUUGAUAAUGAGGAUGAAAUAAUUUCAAAUUUAAGAAAAUUGGACGUCAAGAAUUUAAAACUUUCUGAUAUUACAAAAAUUUAUGAUCAGAUUAUAUUACCAUACAUCAAAAUUCAAAAGCAACAUAUUGGAGACGCAGAAGAGCUGGCACUUUGGUUGGGUUAUAAAACGAAAAUUAAGCGUCUGGUGAAGAUGAUACUACCAUUUGUACACAAAGAUAUUCAUUUAACUGUCCUAUUAUUGAGCGUAUUAUUCAAACAAACCUUUAACGUGAAAUAUUUAAAAUUUAUUGGAGAUUACUUGAAACAUUGUCACGAUACCAACCAUGGUGAAACUCAGGUCUAUUUAAUUGAACUUUACAAAAGUGUUAAAAACCAUUUACUACAUCACUGUUUGAAUUAUAUUGACACUCAUGUCAAGUGUAGAGAAGAUAAUUUAUUUUUGGCAUACCCUAAAUUUAUUCUCAAGUAUAUUGAUGUGCUUAUUUCGUUUGGUUACCUUUCUAACUGUAUUGACAUGAUAUUCGACUUUUUUACAGUGUGCUGCUCAUUUAAUUAUUCGCUGUGUAUUGACAAAACAUUUGACUACAUAACCAAAAUGUUACAAUGUUGUGAAAGGGAAGAAAUACCGAAAGAUUUUACUGUUCAUUACACCAAACUACUGAUAACAUCUUUAAAAUUGUUUUCCAAAAGCUAUAGAAAUGGCUCGUUUGGAUUCGAGUUUGUUUCUUCAUUAAUGAAGUUUAGAAAGGCAUGUCAGCGCAACUCAGGUCCUUUGUAUCAACUAGUUUAUAAAGAAACAGACUUGACAUGA